GAAGGACCCCUGGCGUGGAACCCACGUGGGUUACAGAAACAUGGCGGGCGAAGUGCUGUUGGUCGCGGGCUGCUAUGAGCAAGUAGCACUUGGGUUUCGAGUACAGACAACGGAGGAGACAUGGAAUCCAGUGCCAGACUUUACCCACCAUGCACAUACUGCUUCUGUAUCUGCAGUUGCAGUGAAUGAACGCUACAUAGCAACAGGAAGCAGGGAUGAGUCCAUUCAGUUAUAUGACAUGAAGAAAAGAGUGGAUCAUGGAGCCUUGCUACACCAUGACGGUACGAUAACUUGUCUGGAGUUCUACGGCAGUACACAUCUGCUUAGCGGUGGAGAGGAUGGACUCAUCUGCGUUUGGAACACGAAGAAGUGGGAGUGUUUAAAAACCAUCAAAGCCCAUGUAGGUCAUGUGACUUCGCUUGCUGUGCAUCCAUCUGGAAAGCUUGCUUUGUCAGUGGGGACGGACAAAACUCUCCGAACAUGGAAUUUAAUAAAUGGCAGAUCUGCAUUCAUCAAGAACAUAAAACAAACUUCUCACAUAGUUAUGUGGUGUCCCAAAGGUGAAAAAUAUGUUGUGGUUGUGAAUGACAAAAUCCAUAUUUAUAACUUGGAAACUGCAUCCAUAUCUGGAACAAUUUCUCACCCAAAGAGGGUCUUGGCAGUUAAAUUUGUAACGGAUUCUGUUCUUGCUGCAGCAGGUGAUGAAGAAACUGUCAGGCUUUACGACAUUAAAUCUCUGCAGACUUUGUGUGAGUUUAAAGCACAUGAGAACAGAGUUAAAGCUUUAUGUGGUUUUGCUCUACAUGAGAGUAAUAUCCUCGUAACAGCUUCCAGCGAUGGAUUCAUUAAGAUGUGGAGGGUUAACCCUAAAAAGUUUCAGGAAUGCCCAACUCUUCUUGGUGAAAUUAAUACAACAGCUAGACUGACAUGCCUGGCCGUGUGGAAGCCCAGUCUGAUGGACAGUGUGGAGACAAAGAAGACUGAAGCAACUUGCUCUGAAGGUGUUGAAGAAAGCCUGCCGCAACCCAAGAAGUUGAGAAAAGUUACAGAACAGCCUUCUGAAGAAGUAUUGGUGGAAGUCGGAGCAGAGAAAAAAAGAAAAAAGAAACUCAGAUUCAAAUAAUUUUCUUUCUUUUAAUCCUAAGACUCUCUUUGGACUAUUUUUGGCUUCAUUCAUUUUUAUCUGAAUAUACAGCAGAUAUAAAAAAAAAUAUUUAAAAUCUUUGGACUUUUUGUUGAAACAGUAUGGAGUCCUAAUGUAAUUGUUUGACUACUUUGUUGCUUAAAUUCCCAGUGGUGAAAGAAGACAAAGUUUAAAUCAGAUGUUGGAUUCUAUCCAUCCAUCUUCUAAACUCACUUAUCCAGAUUGUGGUCAAAGGGAAGCUGUAGCCUAUCAUGGCAAGAAUAGGUGAGAACAGUCCCUGGACACGCACACGACCAGGGUCAAUUCAGAAUUGCCAGUCUACCUAAGAUGCAUGGCUUCGCAAUGGGGGAAGACACUAAAGUGCCUGGAGGAAAUCCACAUGGACACAGAGAGCAGCCGGCAUUGCUACUACUGUGCCACUGUCCUGCUCUUGACCUGAUGGAAAGAUUGAAAAUGACAGUCCAGGAUGACGAAUAAGGAAUUUGGAAGAUAUUCCGAGCAAGCCCACCACAAAUAUAAGAAAAAUGAUUGUCUUUCCAGUCAAAGCUUGGGGACCUCUCUGGUCCAGGAUAAAAGGAAAGAUCGGUCCAUCUU